UAGGGCUACUUAAUGCGUUCUUUAAAUACUGGACGUGAUGAACUCUUAGCAAGUGUGGAAAGACAUAAUCCAGACCUGUUAGCAUUAAAUGAGACUUGGAUUAAGUCUGGAGAGGAGAAAUUUGCUCUUAAGAUUCCAGGAUAUAUAAUGAAGCAUAAGCCUAGACCAUUCGACAUGCGAGGAGGCGGCGUAGGCUUUUAUGUGAAAGAAGAUAUGCGAAUCCGAAUUAGACCUCAUCCCGAAUCCAAUCUCGAGCAGUUAUGGUUAGAAUUAACUCUGCCUGGUAAAGGUCACUUAAUAGUGGGCACGGCGUAUAGGCCUGAAUCAGUUUCCAUAUGUACUGCAAUCGAUGCACCGAGUGAAUCCCUGAAUACUUUCUCUCAUUAUAGGUAUAUUUUUUUACUGACUGAUUUUAAUGUGGAUCUCUUGCAGCCACAAACAACAUCUGCCAGAGAAAUAAUAAAUUUUUGUACUCAGAGAGGACUAGAGAACAUAGUACAUGAACCUACUAGGAUAGUCGAAGGAUCUAACUCUCUUCUCGACCUAAUAAUUACAGACUGCCCUAGGCUAUGCAAAGUAGUAAGUGUCUUACAUAACCCCGCACUUAGUGAUCACGCCAUGGUAUUAUCUGAGUUUAAUAUUAAAAAGCCUAAAGAAAAACCUCAAUAUAUACUUAGGCGAUCAAUAAACUCUAUAAACGAAGAAUUAUUUCUAGGUAAACUACAUAAUUUACCAUGGUUCCGAAUAUUACAGCUAUCGAAUGUUGACGAUAAAGUGCAAUUAUUUAACAAAAUGAUAUUAAAUCUUUACGACCUAUACGCUCCAGUUAAACGUAUAAAAAAGCAGACCAAAUCUACACCAUGGAUAACUAACAUGGUUAAAUUUAUGAUGGCAUUUCGGGACUCAGCUCUGAACAGAGCACGCACCUCCGGCAAGGAUACGCACAAAGAGUAUUACAAAAGUCUUCGGAAUAUGGUAAAUAGCAGUGUUGAAAGAGAAAAGAGUGCAUAUUUUAAUUUCUAUAUAAAUAAUAAUAAAGACAAGCCUAAACAAAUGUGGAAUCAUCUGAAACGUACUUGUUCGUUGGAUAACAGUGUAAAAAAUCUAACAGCACCUGAGAACCUUAAUGACCCGAAUAAAAUUAAUAAUUUCUUUCUAGACGUGCCUGGAGGAGGUAAUGGAAGAAAACAUAUGGAUUUCUUUUCCUGUAACAAAUUUUCCGAAAGAGUUUUCUAUUUAAAAAUGACAACAGAAUCCGAGGUACUUAAAAUAGUUAAAAGCAUAAAAACCAAAGCAUGCGGACAUGACUCCAUUAAUAUAGAAAUGAUUAGACUUACUCUACCUGUAACACUAACAAUUAUAACUGAUGUAAUUAACUGCUCGAUCAUAUCUAAUGUCUACCCAGAGACUUGGAAACUCGCUAAAGUUAAACCUAUUCCUAAAAGUACCAAGGUAGAAGAAUACAAGGACUUAAGGCCUAUUAGUGUUCUGCCUGUGCUAUUUAAAGUUUUGGAAAGAGUAGUGUGCACCCAAAUCACAAAGUUUUUGGAAGAUGGAAAUAUUCUACCCGAUAUUCAAUCUGGAUUUCGUAGAGGACUAAGUACAACGACCGCACUAACACACGUGACCGACGAUAUUAUCGCUGCUUCAGACAAAGUUCAACUAUUGUGACAUCGUGUAUGGACCCAGACUUCAAAGCAUUACUAAAAAGGCAAUACAACGUGUUCAAAAUGCUUGUGCACAAUAUUGCUUUAAUAUACCAACAAGGACUCAUGUAACACCGUUUCUUAAUGAAAAAAAUAUUUUAAAAAUGGAAGCUCGUCGUAAAUUACAUUUAACUUGUUUUGUUCAUAAAAUUGUACAAAGCAGAGAUCCCAAAUACUUGUUUAACAAGCUAGGAUGGUUGCAAGAUAUCCACGAGAGGAAUACACGGAGUAGAGAAGCAAACGAUAUGGUGAUUCCACGACACAAGACAGCAGGCUAUAAAGGUAGUUUCAAGUAUGCGGCUUCUAAGAUCUGGAACGACCUUCCUCCACCUCUUCGCAAAAGGAUGUCUCUGCAUACUCUGAAAGAACAUCUUCGGAGGGAAUUUUUAAACAUUCAAAAAUUACCUUGCCCAAUGUAGUGACUCAACGGGUUAUAUGAUUCUUUAUUAAUCGAAAAAAAACUGUUUCAAUGUCAUGUAAAUACGUGUUCUGUAUGUGAUUAUCUGUUGUACCCAUAAUUAUUAAUGUUGCACUAUUCCCAAUAUAUGUAUAAUCUCUUUGUAUGCUGUAGCUGACCGUACACUCAAAAAGAUUUGUUGUGCUAUAAUAACAGUGGGGUUCAGCUGAAAAUCAGUGCUGUUUUGCAGCGUAUACUGAGCUGGUAUCCCUUCUACCACACAUUGUGCAAGCAAUCAGUUUUUGUGCCUGGUAUUGUUAACUGUGUGUGUGUGUUUGUUUUUUUUUUCUUUUAUACUUUUUUGUUGUAUUUAUGUGUGUGUAGAGAAAUAAAUGGUUUAAAUGGAAAAAAAAAAUUAGAACUUAUUAUAGAGUAGGUAUGACAAGAAUAAUAGUAUUUUAACCCGCAAUAUAAGCACAUAAUAAUAAAAAAUAUUAUUGCACGUUAUUAUUUUCUGAGCUUUGGUUUAUUUCACUUUUAUACAGACCGUUAUACGAUUUAUCUGAAUAAUAGUUACGUAUUAUUUAAAAUAUUGGGAUGUUAACUAUGCCAUUAUUAAUCUCGUGUGUCUUUGACCUGCAUUGAAAUAAGAGUAUCUUUAUUAGAUUUUCAAAUGGUAUCAGUAUGUACGAAUUACGAUACCAUCUCGUCCAAACACUCGGAAGAUUAUACCUAAUUGCACAAAUAUAGUAAUGGCAAUCCAUUACUCCCGCUAAAUUGAUAAAAAAGAUAUUGUAACAUUAUUAUU